UCUCUCUCUCUCUCUCCCUGGCUCAAACUUUCUUGAACUCACAAGGUAUCAUAUUCAUAUAGAUAUAUACAGACACAAACAUGACGGGAGGGAAAAGGCAAAAUCUAGCGAUGGUGCUGAUCGUGUUAUUGUGUACAACGUUUCAAGGCUCUUUCUCAGAAGCCACCUCCUCUGUUGUUUUUUCUUUGAUCGGGAACGAGUAUACUAAAUGGGACUACUUUACUAAUAUCAAUAUAGGCACGCCACCCAAGCGUUUUGGACUCCAUAUUGACACUGGUAGUUUCCUCACUUGGGUUCAGUGUGAUGGAGCUUACGAGAAUGACAAGCCCAUCGGACAUUUGUACAAGCCAUCAAAAGAUCGCAUUGUGCAAUGUCAAGAUAUCUUAUGUGCUGUUAUCCAAGGGAAGGAAUACAAUUGUGCAAACCCAACUGAUCGAUGCAAGUAUUUUCUAGAAUAUGGUGAUAACAGUACAAGCCAUGGUUAUCUGGUGAGAGACAUUUUUCCUUUACGACUUACAAACGGAUCUAUCGUUUAUCCUAGUUUGGUCUUUGGGUGUGGAUACAAACAAAAAGGAAUUUUCAAAGGGGCCGGAAUUCUUGGUCUAAGCAAGGGUCCGCUUGGUUUGUUGUCACAAAUGCAUUCACAAGAUCUAAUACAACAAAUAAUUGGUCAUUGUUUAAGUAGUAGAGGAGGUGGGUUUCUAUUUUUAGGAGAUGAUCUUAUACCUUCUUCCGGAGUAUCUUGGACGCCAUUCACAUAUAAUAAUGAAAAGGAUUAUUUAUCAGGACCAGCAGACCUCUUGUUUGAUGGAAGUGAAACUGAAGUAACAGGGCUUCAAAUUGAUUUUGAUAGUGGAUCUGCCUUAUCAUACUUAGAACAAGCAGCCUACGAACACACAUUUGAUCUAAUUAACCAAGCUCUGGAAAGAACGCCGAUGAUACUUGAACGAUCAGAGGGUGAACUUCCAAUUUGCUGGAGACACAAUGGAAAACCUAUUACAUCCCUCAAUGAAGUUGAGAAAUACUUCAAGAACUUGACUUUAAGCUUCAAAAAUUUCCCAGACGCGACGCUGGAGUUACCCCCAGGAGCUUAUCUCAUACUUGUCAGAGGAAAAGUGUGCUUCGGGAUUUUAGAUGGCGAUCUAUUAGGACUUGAAAAUGCAAAUAUAAUUGGAGCUAUCCUAAUGCAAGAUAAGUUGGUGAUAUAUGAUAUCACUAAGCACCGUAUUGGUUGGACUUCUAAGAACUGCAAUACCUAA